AUGUACGGCAGAACGAGAUUGAUCAUGCACUCGGCGAAGCCGCAUUACGCAAGAACAAGCAAAUCGUUAUUUACUACAUGCAAAAAUGCAAAGAUUGUUAGAGUCUGCGAUGGAAGUAUUGCUGCUGGCUCUUGUUGCCGUUUACAGAAACGUGGUUAUGCGUCUCCUUGUUCAGACGAGAGUUUCCUGAGUGGCACCAGCGGCACCUACGUAGAAGACAUGUACAACUCGUGGCUUCAAGAUCCCAAGAGCGUACAUGUCUCGUGGGAUUCAUACUUUAGGAAUUCGGCUGCUGGAGGUGGGUAUGUGUCCCCACCGACACUUGCUCCUUUACCUAAAAACCAUCUAUCAGCGUGUAGUAUAUUACCUGCUUUAGCAGGAACAACACCUGGGAUGGGAACUGCCGACGAGAAAAACAUUGAUGACCACUUGGCCGUCCAAAAUAUCAUCAGAAGCUAUCAGGUCAGAGGACAUCUUGUGGCCGAGUUGGAUCCGCUGGGCAUCAUGUAUGCAGAUCUUCAUGGAAAGUUUACUGGAACAAAGGCUUCGCAGUCCGAAAUAGGGCUUGACAUGGAAAAAACGUUCAAGUUGCCUUUUACCACUUUUAUUGGCGGCUCGGAGAAGUCUCUACCAUUGAGCGAAAUACUAAGUCGUUUGGAAAAAGUAUACUGCGGCUACAUUGGCGCUGAAUACAUGCACAUUAAUUCAAUGGAAAUUUGUCAAUGGAUAAGAAAAAGGUUGGAACCUCCCGGUAUAAUAAACCCAACUAAAGAAGAGAAAAAACUUCUGCUGAGUCGCUUAAGUCGAGCUGCUGGAUUUGAAGCAUUUCUUGCUAAAAAAUAUUCGUCUGAGAAACGGUUUGGUUUAGAAGGUUGUGAAGUUUUGAUACCAGCCAUGAAGCACAUCAUUGAUGAAUCGACAUUGCAUGGAGUUGAGUUCUUUUUACUGGGCGUAGCUCACAGAGGACGUCUCAAUGUCCUGUCCAAUGUUUGUAGAAAACCACUUUAUCAGAUUUUUACUCAAUUUGCUGGUCUGCAACCUGCUGAUGAGGGUUCUGGCGACGUAAAAUACCAUUUAGGAACUUACACCCAACGCUUGAAUAGAAGAACUAAGAAAAAUAUUACUAUGGCUAUAGUGGCCAAUCCAUCACAUUUAGAAGCAUGUAAUCCUGUGAUGCAAGGAAAGACUAGAGCGGAACAAUUUUAUCGAGGAGAUGCUGAAGGCAAAAAGGUGUUGCCUAUACAAUUGCAUGGUGAUGCUUCCUUUUCCGGCCAAGGAGUUGUAUUUGAAACUAUGCAUUUGUCAGAUUUGCCAGAAUACACGACACACGGGACAAUUCACAUCGUCAUAAAUAAUCAAAUCGGUUAUACUACUGAUCCGCGAUUUUCUAGAUCAUCUCCGUACUGUACAGAUGUCGCUCGUGUGGUCAACUGUCCGAUAUUCCACGUGAACGCCGAUCACCCCGAAAGUGUGAUGCACGUCUGCAAAAUCGCCGCUGAUUUUCGAGCUAAAUUCCACAAGGAUGUUGUUGUCGAUCUCGUUUGUUACCGCAGAAAUGGCCACAAUGAAGCCGACGAACCAAUGUUUACGCAGCCUACGAUGUACACCUUAAUCAGAAACACUAAACCUUGUAAUGACAAAUAUGCUGAGAAGCUUAUAGCCGAGGGUGUUGUCACCGCAGAACAAAUUAAACAGGAAGCAGAUGAAUAUGAUAAAAUUUGCGAGGAUGAUUUUGCAAAAUCAAAGAAAGAAACUCAUAUCAGAUUCAAGGAUUGGUUAGAUUCACCUUGGUCUGGAUUUUUUGAAGGAAAAGAUCCCCUAAAGGUUGCUCCAACGGGUGUGAAAGAAGAUACAUUGGUUCACAUCGGUAAAAAAUUUUCGUCUCCACCUCCUAACGCUGUUGAAUUCGUAAUGCAUAAAGGUAUCGAAAGAAUCCUCGGUUUACGUAGAGAAAUGGUGGCAGCAAGAACUACUGAUUGGGCUUUAGGCGAAGCGUUCGCCUUUGGGUCACUGUUAAAGGAAGGAAUACACGUACGUCUAAGUGGCGAAGACGUCGAAAGAGGCACCUUCAGCCACAGACACCACGUCCUGCACCAUCAAACCGUCGAUAAGUCAACGUACAACGCUAUGAAGAAUUUAUACCCUGACCAAGCUCCCUAUUCUGUUUGUAACAGCUCAUUGUCAGAAAACGCUGUGUUAGGCUUUGAAGCUGGAUACUCCAUGACCAAUCCCAAUGCUUUGGUUAUGUGGGAAGCUCAGUUCGGUGAUUUUAAUAAUAAUGCUCAGAUUAUUAUUGAUCAGUUUAUUUGCUCUGGGCAAACUAAAUGGGUACGUCAGUCUGGGCUGGUGAUGCUCCAGCCUCACGGCAUGGAGGGGAUGGGGCCUGAGCAUUCAUCAGCUCGUAUGGAACGUUUUCUAUCAUUAUCCGAUGAUGACGAAGAUUGUGCUCCGCCGGAAGAUGAACAUUUCGUGGUGAAGCAGUUGCGGGAUAUCAAUUGGAUUGUUGCUAAUUGUACUUUACCUUCUAAUCUGUUUCACAUCUUGCGUAGGCAAAUCGCUCUUCCUUUCCGUAAACCCCUUGUAUUAAUGACUCCCAAGUCCUUGUUGAGACAUCCUGAAGCCAGAAGUUCUUUUGAUUUAUAUUUGGAAGGAACAGAGUUCCAAAGGGUCAUACCCGAAGCUGGCGAGGCUUCUAAGGACCCAAAUAAUGUUAAAAAAUUAAUAUUCUGCUCCGGUAAAGUUUACAUGGAACUUACAAAACAUAGAAAGGAACGGAAAUUAGAAAACGUUAUUGCCAUUGCACGAGUUGAACAGAUGUGCCCCUUUCCUUACGACUUGAUAAGAAAAGAAUCCGAAAAAUAUCCCAACGCGAGCGUCGCCUGGGUUCAAGAAGAGCAUAGGAAUAUGGGUGGCUGGACUUAUUUUAAUCCCAGAUAUCGGACUUGUAUGAAGGGAACUCGCUGUAUAAGAUAUAUUGGAAGAGCGCCCUCCGCUUCGCCCGCCACUGGCGCGAAGGCCAUUUACCAGGCGGAAUUAAAAUCGUUCAUCGAUGAUGCCAUGAACGUUAAAGAAGCGGCUGCCUAG